AUGCUGGGUGCUGGUGGAUUCAAGACGGCACAUCCCAGUUGGCUAACGCUCUUUGCAGCUCCAGAGUCUGGACUUGGUUCAUGCCCCCGUCAGAAAGUGGCAGUCAAGCGGCCUUUUCACAAGAUUUACCCUCCAGGAAGCAGCAAGGCCCCUGGAAGAUAUGUUAUUGGGCGGUAUGCAGUAGCUGAUGAAAUUCCGAAACUCUUUCGAGAAGCAAAUGUGCUAUACUGGGCAGGCCCACUUCUAGAGUUCGCCUAUAACUACAUCGAUCACUGCAUUGCCCGCUCAACCGACCCUCCACCCUUUACAAUCCCUCGGUUGUGUUUCAUUGAAGCAGGCCUCGCACUGUCAUACAGUCAGGCACCGCAGUCUGAUCUUAACCAGAAGUCAAAAGGAUGUUCCCCUCGGGCCGGGUUUCUGCUUGAGGAACUGAUCGGUGAUGAUGACAGUAGGAACUUCAUCAAGUAUAUCCACAAUAUGGAUUGUAAUCCAUUGCUUGAUGUGGAUGAGUUCAGCUAUGACAUAGCCGCUUUUUUGGCUUGUACCCAGCACAUCCAGUAUGCCAAGACUGGCAGUUUGGCUUUUAUAUCAGACUAUCAGGGUGCAUACUUUUUGAUAUUGUACGUUGAUUUUAGCAUGAAAAUUUUAUAUUCAAGGUGA